AACACAAAACACGUGCUGUACUUUGCUCACUAUAAUACGUAUUUCAGUUUAUAUUUCUCAAAAAAGCGAUAUUAUUUUUGGUAAAAUGGGCAAAAUAAAGGUAGAGAAACCUGAUACGGAAAUGGAUACUUCCAUUGUUAAAGAGGAGGACACUUACGAUGAUAAAUUGAAGAAUGCUAAUGCCAUAUCGCAACCGAUGGCGUCAAAAAAGUUAACGAAGAAGAUUCACAAGCUAAUCAAGGAAGCGUCAAAACACAAGACUUAUCUACGUAACGGAUUAAAAGAUGUACAAGUUCGCUUGCGAAAAGGGGAAACUGGUUUGGUAAUCUUUGCUGGAGACGUAACCCCGGUGGAAAUUAUGUGCCACCUACCAGCAGUUUGCGAAGAACGCAACAUACCGUAUUGUUAUACCCCGAGUCGAAAGGAUUUGGGCGCAGCGAUGGGAGUAAAACGCGGAACGGUAGCAAUGUUGGUACGAGAGCAUCCCGAGUAUCAAGAAAUGUUCGAUAAGCUAAAGGUGGAACUCACAACUCUUCCGAUACCAUCAUAAGCAGCGCUCUAUCGGUAAGCUUUCUCACCUUCCAACCUUACUACCCUUUUUUCUAAAUAAAAGUACAUUAUAUGUAUGAAUUGCGAUUAUGACUAUAGGAUUUAAUAAGUUAAAGUCAAUAUAGAUUUAAACACAACUGCUGAA